AAGGAGGGAGAGGGAAAAGAAACAGCGGAGCUCCGCAGAAACUAAUCAAGGCCCUUCCUCCUUUACCCGUCCCUUCCCCCUGGCUCCCCAACGAACCCUAAAAUUUUCUCUGUUUCGUUUGCUCUUCCCUCCUCAGUAAUCUGUUUUCUCUUUUUCCUCCAAUCGGAGCCUUAACUAUGAUCGGUUUUGCUCUUCUCCCACCUCAUUUGAUCAUCGGAAGAGGUCGUGGCGUUUUGUUUUUCAUUCGUCCACUUCGUCUUUUUGUUGUUUCCUUUCUUUGUAGGUCUUGAUUUGUCGUUAUUGCCACCCUUCGAUUCAUGAUUCUGCCGAAUCUUGUUUUAGUUGGUCCAUCCAAUUGAGCUCCCUUGUUACUUUGUUCUUACCGAUUUCUCUUCUAUCAUUUUCUUCUUUUAACUCUCGAAUUUGUAUGGUUUGUUAGUGUUUUCGUAUCCAUUGGUGAUUUCUCUUCGUUUAGGAUAUUGAUGUUUCGGUUUCUCUUGAUUUCAUCUUGAAAAUUCCUUCUUCGGCGGAUGCAGUUGAUGGGUUUGGUGUAUUUGUACUUGUGUUGGGGCUGGGGAUGACUCGUUUUACGUGAAUUAGGUGUCCGUGAAGGGUGGGUUGUCUGCCCAUUUUCCUCGUUGGCGGGUUCCUUGUGUGAAUGGGGAAAGCAGGACUUGGCGAUAUAGAAAGUAAGGUGCUUCUGCACAAUCGAGGCGGGAAUGCGGUCCAUCCGAUCAACGCCGAGCCUCCGGUAGUUUAUGUGGUUGUUCCUCAGCAACCUGAGAAGAGUUGGUUCUCGUGGCUCAUCCCCUUGUUCGUUCUCGCAAAUAUUGCGCUCUUUGCGCUCACAAUGUACGUCAAUGACUGCCCGAAAUCGGGGAAGGAUUGUGUGGGUGAGUUCUUGGGGCGGUUCGCUUUCCAGCCAUUUAACGAGAAUCCGCUACUUGGGCCUUCUUCUUCGACUUUGGACAGAAUGGGGGCUCUUCUGGUAAAUAAAGUGGUUCAAGAAGAUGAAUGGUGGCGUCUAAUUACUUGCAUGUGGUUACAUGCUGGAGUUUUUCAUGUACUCGCAAACAUGUUCAGCCUGCUCUUCAUUGGAAUCCGGCUUGAGCAAGAAUUUGGCUUUUUGAAAAUUGGUGUUCUGUAUGUUCUUGCUGGAUUUGGUGGCAGCCUUUUGUCUGCUCUUUUCAUUCAGUCAAGCAUCUCCGUUGGUGCAUCUGGGGCACUUUUUGGUCUAUUAGGAGCUAUGCUUUCUGAGCUUCUCACAAAUUGGACUAUUUAUGCAAAUAAGUUUGCAGCUCUGUUGACUCUGGUGUUUAUGAUCUCAUUAAAUUUGGCAGUUGGAGUCCUCCCCCAUGUGGACAACUUUGCUCAUAUUGGAGGAUUCAUUUCAGGAUUUCUUCUUGGGUUUGUGAUUCUGGUCAAGCCACAAUAUGGAUGGGUUAACCAAAAAUAUUUACCUCAUGGAUAUAAUAAGCCACCUGUGUCAAAAUACAAGACAUACCAGUACAUAUUGUUAGUAGUUGCUCUGAUCCUCUUGAUUAUCUGGUAUGUUGUUGGUUUGGUUAUGCUUUUUGAUGGAGUCAAAGGAUUUGAUCACUGCCCUUGGUGCCACUACUUGACCUGCGUACCUACUUCUAAAUGGAACUGCAAGCCUCAAAACAUAACUUGCUCGUCUUUACAAAUGAAAGCCGAAUUAAGCUUGACGUGCUUGAACAAUGGGAAGAUGCGUGCAUAUCCAUUGGCUAAUGCAAGCCAAGACAAGAUAUUAGAUCUGUGCUUCCAGCUCUGUGGUUAAUAGACCUGUCCUAGACAUGACAUUGGGGAUCAUACUAGUGACAUUCUGUGAAGACACCAUACUGUAAAGCGAUGUACACCAUGUGGAGACCAUGCUGGCGCCAGUUCAUGAAGACGCGACUCUGCAUUUUAGCCGGAAUUGCAGCAACAGAUAUGGUUGCCCUUGAACCGCUUAAUGGUUGAGUUCUGUUCAUCAAACGGAUGAGCCAAUGUUACCGAUGUAGAAUUUGGUUGAACUAGAGCUUGAGAUGAUUUUUCAAGCUCAUGUAAUAACUAAUUUUUUGGUUC